UCUGCUGGCCUUCGAGAUGGGCUCGACUCUUUUAGCCUUGAUUUGAUUUUUCUUCAAUUUGUCCCUCCGCAUAUCAACUUUUUACACAGAAAAGCCAGUCCGAGAUGACAUUUGGAGGUGAAUUGGCAGACGAGGUCAGCCAGGUGAAUUCAGAACUGGUUCCUGUGCGAGCUGACCGGCUCGCAGCUUUCAGCUCCUGUGCAGUACAGUAAAGCUACACACUCGCUCAGAGGAUUGCAAUGAAACCGGCUCAGGAGCGCAACCAGGAGUGCCUGCCUCCGAAGAAGAGGGACCUCCUAGUCAGUAACAGCAGCGGAGCUGGAGGGACCGGAGGAGUCGUGGCUGCAGGAGGAGGAGGAGGAGGAGGAGGUGGAGGAGGAGGUGGAGGAGGCAGUGGGGCUGGCAGUAGUGCUGCUGGUGCUGGUGGUGGUGGUGGUGUUGGAGAAGAUGAAGUGGUUUCCAUCCAGAACUCUGCAGCCAACAGUGAAGCUCCGGGAGGAGCCCCAUCUGGAGAGUGGCUGCGCUCUCAGCCAGGCCUUCAUUACGGAGUCGAGAAUUCUGACGGCAUCCCGGCGGUGCCAGUCGACCAGUACAGUAUGCUCUACAAAGUGGCUCUUCCAUCUGUUACGUACUCUCCCACCAGUCUCCACCCGGUGUUGAGCCACAUCUCUCCAGCCUACACGGUCCACUCUCCUCUCCUGCAGCACCCGGGGCUCCAGUACCCUCCCCUGGGGUACGCCCAGAUCCCUCAUUCCUCCCUUCAGUUUGUCAGUUCUCCGUAUGCAGCGGUACCGUACGCUCUGCCCCCUGGCUUCGUCCCGGGAUCAUUAAUCUCUCCCUCAGGCACCAUCCCCCAGUCCCACGCUGUGUCCCACCUCGUCCCCUACCCGUCAGUCAUCCAGGAAGGUGUGGUGUCCCCGCCCCCCCAGGCCCAGGUAGCUGCUCACACCUUUGCCAAAGUUGCCGUUUCCAGCGGCGUCCCGCUGAUGCUGCCGUCAGAGCAGGCCGCCCCGCAGCACCUGGGUGCCGUAGGAGUCCUGCAGCCUGCGGCGGAGCUCAGCUCUCGAGGUCUGCCGGUCUUCUAUCACCCUCAGGGGGCCAGGGCCGCCACCAGAGACCCCCACGGGGCCCCGCAGGAGAACGAACCGGAGAUGAACGGAGGCGAUAAAGAGCAGGGAGCGGCUCGGGACGUCGUACUCGACUCGGCCUACACCGCCAGAAAUGCACGUCUGCUGCAGGUAGCGUCCAACUGUGCAGCGCAGGAGUUCAUCCAGGAGAGAGGCCUGCUGAACCGCCGGCUGGAGGGGCGGAGCUCCCCGGGCCAGCGCAGCACGCCAGACAGCGACCUGGAGGUGCAGCAGGUGGUUGGUCGUCUGACUUCCUCCAGCCAGGGUGGAGUGAGGAAAGAGGUCUCCUUCGCCCCGUUGAACCUCUCUCAGGGUGCCCAGAAAGUCAGAGAUGUCCACGCGGAGAGCUCGGGCCGGACCGCCUACACGGCCCAGACCGCCAGUUACAACGACCCCAGAGUGACCGCUCUGCAGCAGCAAACAGGGCAGCCAGGCCACGCUGUCAUGCUCGCUAACGGGCAGCCGGUCCUUAUUCCCCUGGAGUAUCACCUGCAGCACCAUCAGCCCCAACAGCAGCAGCAGCAGCAGCAGCAGCACUACCCAGGACAGGCGAACGACGCCUCCGCCAGCCACGCCUCCACCACCACCGCCUCCCCCAACACAAGCUUUAAAGCCUCUGAUUCUUCAGCCAGAGUGUGCCUCCCUGAGCGGGCGGAGCCCACCACGCUGCAGCAGCCCACUGUCCAGCAGCCUCCAGGAGACGUGGCUCAGGCCUUAGCGUCCAGCCUCGCCGCCUCCUCGGCGCCCUCCAACCCGUCUCACUUCAUGAAGGGAGCCAUCAUCCAGCUGGCUACCGGGGAGCUGAAGCGCGUGGAGGACCUGCAGACUCAGGACUUUGUGCGGAGCGCCGAGGUGAGCGGAGGACUGAAGAUCGACUCCAGCAUGGUGGUGGACAUCCGGGCCAGCCAGCAGAGACCCGGCCUGGUGUCUCUGAACUUCACCGUGGGGGAGCAGCAGAGCAAAGUGACCAUCGACGUCCCCCCGGAGCACCCCUUCUUCGUGUUCGGGCAGGGCUGGUCGUCCUGCAGCCCUGAACGCACCGGCCAGCUGUACGGCCUGGCGUGCCACCACCUGCAGGUGGGAGACGUGUGUGUGUCCAUCACGCUGCAGCAGCAGCUUCAGCCUCAGCAGCAGAAACAACCACAGCACCAUCAUUCACAGCAGCAGCAGCAGCAGCAGAACCAGUCCAGGACUUUGAGCAAAACCAACGCCACAUCAGGACCCGGUCACCAGCUGAUGGGGCCCCCGGCCCCCCAGCAGGCACGGCCGCUGUCUCAUUUACGGCUAGAGCGCAUCCACAGAGAAAGACACAGGGACGGGGACAAGGACGUGCUGGAGAAGGAGGACGGCGCACACUUUGGGGUCGUCGGACACGCGGAGUCGCCCGUCAGACAAAGUCGGACGUCAGCGGAGCAUCCGAGGAGCCAGAGCAGUUAUCACUUGCACACAGAGGGCUCUGGGUUUGCAGGGGCGGGGAUGGGAGCCAUGCAGGCCGCCCUCGGGGCCUCGCAGCGGCGCUGGUCCUCGCCUGGCCUCCAAAGAUACAGUAUGAAGGGAGACGAGGGGCCACGCCCUCAAAUAAGCACCUCCGGCCACACGAGGCCCUCUUUCAUCCCCCAGGAGGUCAAACUGUCCAUCGAGGGGCGCUCUAAUGCAGGGAAGUAGCAUCACAUUUGGUAGCAACUGUAGAAGAGACUGCCACGAGUAAGAAUGAGUCUGACAAGGAGAGAAAGAGGAAAAAAAGAGUGUGAAUGUAGCCUCAGAAUGUUUGAGAUUUUGCACACCUAAAAUAUAGAAACGUACAAGAUCUUUGUCUAUCUGGUGAGAAGUUCUGGUUUGGUUUGGUCGUCACUCAGCCAAAGGAAACGAGCCUGUGGUUCCCCAGCCAGCUGAGGUCUGACAGGGACUUUACAAGCUGAGUAGAAAGUAUGUAGCGGAUGAAAUGCCUACCAUAGUCCUUGCACACUGCAUUUCUCUUCCUCCCUCCCUCCUUUGUCGCCACUUCCUCAUAUAAACCCCACGCUUGGAGGGUGCCGUCGCAUUCACAAUACUCUUGCUUCCUUUUUGACCAAAAGCGUCUCUGGAAGGCCGAGGACUACCGAGAAUGUGUUUGUAGCACAGUGACGCUACCGACUCUGCAGGUUCCGAUGUGUUUAAAAGAUCCCGGCCAGUGAUCUUUUAUCUCCUCCAUUCCUAAGAUCCUGUCUCCUUCAAAAAGCAUUUAACCCAAAAAAUAGAGCGGCGUUUGCUGACAUCAGCGGCUCUGCGGUGAUGUCGGCCCUGUUGACGCUCGCUGUCAGUGUUUGUUACAUUCUGCUUCUCCGGCAGGAGUCUGAAAAAAAAAAAAAAAAAGCUCUGCUGUCAGCACAGACGCUCUCUUUCUCUCCCUUUCUCCUGCUCCUCCAGGAGGUUACCGCUCCGCUCUGCAAAGAACGGCUUCCUCUCUCAGGCCGAGUGUGGCUCGUCCCACUUGUCUUACAAUCGAUUCUAGUGAUAAAUCAAUCAGUGUGUCUGUUCAGCAAUCAGUUUCCACUAAAAAAGAAAAAUAAUGCUCCUGCCCUCUAGUUCACACUGAGGGCCCUAACGUGUGUGAGUGUGAUCGGAAUAAUGCUUUCUUCUCUACGAUAACUAGAGAUAUCUUGCAUUCCAGUAUCAUCAGUGAGAAUAUUUAAUCUUUCCUCAUUAAAGAAUCACCCCCUCCUCCUCCUCCUCCUCUUCACUUUACCUCACAGCUUUCCAGACCACACUGGAGACCUUUAAUGCAAUUUUAAAUGGUGUAAUUAACAGAGGAGGCCUGCAGCCUCACUGUCUGCAGGCCACUUUAGCCUAAAGCUCCAGAAAAGUGGAAGGGCGGCGGAGGAAAAUAAAUCCUGCGUGCGUGCGAGCGAGUCGGUGACGAGGUUUUUCUCUCUCUGUCCGAGUUCCUCUUUGCUCAGUUACCAAAUUAAAGCAAUAGUUGUUUUUACAGCAUGCAGCUGUUUUCUAUCUCUGACCCUCUAUUAUAACCCCCCGACUUCAAAAGCUGAUGCACUAUUUUCAUUUUUAUCGAUUCUUCAGUAUUUCUUACGCAAGCAAUGCAUGACAAAAUUUCUCAAGAAAUCAUUGUAGAUGAAAAACCGCUUUCUGUUUUGAUUUAUUCUCCAUCUCACUGAUGAUAUUUUCUUUGUGCAUCUCCAAGAAAAGGCUUGACUCUAAUUAAGUUGUGAUCAUUAUCAAGUUAUCUUCUGUUUCUGUUUCUGUCUUUUUUGUUUUUACGGUCCUUCGCUUUUGUACAAGGAUAAAGUUUAUCCAGUGGAUCUUAUGAUUGUCUUGUGUUGCACAUAGAAAAUGUCCCUCAAUUGAUUUCACACUGACCUUGUUAAUAGGAAUCACAGUACAGUAGAGGUUUUUUUUUUUUUUAAAUGAAGGGAAUACGUUUGAAGUAUUGUUGUUGGUGUUUUGUGGCGAGAGAGAGAGAGAAAAAAACUGACUUUUAUUUUGAACUCUGUUUACAAAUUAGCCAAGAUGAAUGCUGCAGUUUUACUCCUGACAGAUUUUCAUCCUUGAAAAAAAAAAUAUAUAUCCAAAAGGGUGAAAUAAAUGAGAAUAAGUGCAAUUAGACCACACAUAAAA